AUGACGGUUGAAAGCGAUUCCGUGGCUGGUGCCACGAUUGAGCUUCUAGAGGCACGUCUGCGCCGCCUCACCUACCUCCUGGGCGGCGCGACCGACUGGACAGGAGUGCCAACUACACCCGAGAAGCCCGCCUCCCUCGAUGAAACCGUGUCGCGCCGACUUGCCAGCAUGGAGCGAGAACUCGAGAACCUCAGUCGCAGCGUCCCUGUCGUUCGGGAUGUGAUUCAGCUCCACGACCGCUUCCCCGAUCUCUUCCAAAUACCACCCCCGCACGAAAUCCCAGAAGGCCUCUCCACACGCGCCCUCACCUCCAUGGUCCUCUCCUACGCAACCGCUUUCCCUGAAACUGCCUCCCGCCUUACUUCUCUCAACGACCUCCCCAUUCCGGAUGCUCAGAGCUCUGCCACUCUCAUUGACCUCCAGCCGCAGAUGGACCGCGUCGCACAGACACAGGCGGAACAGGCGGCAGAGAUCUCGGAGUUACGGGUCCGCACAGCGAAGGUAUUACAGCGAUGGUAUGAGGUUGGGCUUGUAGGGAGCGGAGAGUGCUGGGCCGAAUGGGAGGGGCGACUGGAGGGUGUGGAGAGAGAAGUGAGGAGAAGGGAGGUCUUCAAGGAGAGGAGAGAGAACGAGAUAUGA